CUCCCUUCCUUCUCUCCUGAAGGCGAGAAUGGCAGGGCCGGGCGAGGACCCAGGACAGCCGUGGCCCUAGCUCUGCACCCCACCCCCCACCCCCUCUGGGAGAGGCAGCAGGCUGCUCGCGGACGAUGUGGCCACGGCUGCUCCCCAGUACGUCUUCGGCGCGGGUCCCGGCUACCGCCCCUCUUCUCGGCUGGAUCCAUCCCACCCAAAGGAGUUGAUGCUGUCGUCGCCGCCGCCGCUGCUGAAGCCGCGGCUCAUGGAUGCCGGGGAGUGCCGCAUUGCUUAGCGUCCCCGCCUCCGGGUUUGCUGACGCUCUCUCCCAGCCUGGAGCUCAGCGCUGAAGAGCCACCUUAUUAUUAAUCAGAAUUCCCAUCAUUAUCCCUGGCAGGAGCAUCCUUCGGUGGAGACCGCAGAAGCAGCACAGUGCUGGGGCUGAGAUGUGCGUGGGGUUGUUUUCGUUACGUCUUGGGAGAGAAGAGGACAGUACCAAGAUAAGCGCCACCGGUGCUGGGUGCGAUUAGGGGUGUUUUGUUAGGAGAGCGAAAGGACAAGAAGAGGAGUGCUGGGACCACCAGACGUCCACAUCUCUUUAAAGGAAAGGGAAGAGAGAGCCGAAGUGGGGUGUUGUUUUUAGGGGGCGGGGAAAGAAGUUUAUAUCCUUCAUAGAAAAGCUGUGGGAAUGCAGGUGCAACAGGGUACUUGAUUGGACACCGAAACAAAUCAUUUCCUGUAAAGAAGAGGAAGCAGGCAGCAUCGAGGUCUGGAAGCCAGAGAGUGGUGGUGGCAAGGGCCAGGUUGGUUGUGGGACAGUCAGCAAGAGGAAGGGAAGGCUCAGGAACAAACAGAACAAUGACUCAUUUACAAGCUGGGCUCUCUCCUGAGACCCUGGAGAAAGCUCGCCUGGAGCUCAACGAGAACCCAGACACACUGCACCAGGACAUCCAGGAGGUGAGGGAUAUGGUCAUCACAAGGCCGGACAUUGGUUUUCUGCGCACGGAUGAUGCCUUCAUUUUACGCUUCUUGCGGGCCAGGAAGUUUCAUCACUUUGAGGCCUUCCGCCUCUUGGCCCAAUACUUUGAGUACCGGCAGCAGAACCUGGACAUGUUCAAAAGCUUCAAGGCCACUGACCCUGGCAUCAAACAGGCACUGAAGGAUGGCUUCCCUGGGGGCCUGGCCAAUCUGGACCACUAUGGCAGGAAGAUUCUGGUCCUUUUCGCUGCCAACUGGGACCAGAGCAGGUACACACUGGUGGAUAUUUUGCGUGCCAUCUUACUGUCUUUAGAAGCCAUGAUUGAAGAUCCUGAGCUUCAGGUGAAUGGGUUUGUUUUGAUCAUAGACUGGAGUAACUUCACCUUCAAGCAAGCCUCUAAACUUACACCCAGCAUGCUGCGAUUGGCUAUUGAAGGCCUUCAGGACAGUUUCCCGGCACGAUUUGGAGGAAUUCAUUUUGUCAACCAACCGUGGUAUAUCCAUGCCCUGUAUACUGUGAUCCGGCCUUUCCUGAAGGAGAAGACUCGGAAAAGGAUAUUUUUGCAUGGUAACAACCUGAACAGUCUACACCAACUAAUUCAUCCUGAGAUCCUACCUUCUGAGUUUGGAGGAAUGCUGCCCCCUUAUGACAUGGGAACAUGGGCAAGGACACUGCUAGACCACGAGUACGACGAUGACAGUGAAUACAAUGUGGACUCCUACAGCAUGCCCGUGAAAGAAGUAGAAAAAGAACUUUCCCCCAAGUCCAUGAAGAGAUCCCAAUCAGUAGUGGACCCUACAGUAUUAAAACGCAUGGAUAAAAACGAGGAAGAAAACAUGCAGCCUUUGCUCUCUCUGGACUGACUGAUAACUUCUCUGCACUCCCUAUUGAUUAGAAAUGGAAGGUACUUUUUUCUUUUUUCAGCAACAGGGACAGCACUGUGGAGGAAUUACCAGCUGGAAACUUAUUUAUUCUUGUUAAUGUUGCAUAAUAUAUAAUAAGGCAUCAGGCUUUCCCAUUUGCCUGAACCAUGGGUGCCCUGGCCUGGAUUAAAAAAAAAAAAAAGUCAAUAAUUUAUUCUGUAAGUGCCAAGUUCUUUGUAAAUACCAAUGUAAUCUUUAUGUCAAGUUUGUAAAUUUUGGUAAUAACUAAAAUUGUAAAAGUUUGGUUCAUGAGUUCAUGCCAGUGAUGUGAACUAGAACAAAAAAAAACAGAAAAGACACAUAAACAAUCAAAGCUAAUUAAAUGGAGCCCUGUUUCCUAUGAAGCCAUAUUUCAGCUCUCAUAGUGAUUGUUUCAUUGUUUUUCUCUGAAACCCUGUAAUACUCAAAUGUACUUUUAAUGGGCACAGAGAACUAGGAAAUUCUAGGAAAUUAUUAUGAUAAAUGUAUUUCCUGUCUACUGAUUUACAUUUCGCAGAAAAUGUGAUAUCAUGGCCUUGCAUUUCAGAGACAAAGAAUGGCAGAUGAUCUGGUAAACUGAACACAUGAACUCUUCUAUGUUGUUUAAUUCCUGGAGUCUUGAGAAAAGAUAUGUUUCGCAGAUCAAGA